CGUUAGCGUCGUUCAUCCACCACCGUUGUUUUGAUCACAUCCAUCGUCCAAGCGGCAGAGCACACAAUUUAAUUGUGAUAUUUUCCCCUGUGUGUCUCUGAGCGAAUUGCGUUGGACAUGCAAGACAUCAAAAUUAGACUCGCGUCCGAGCGAGUGAAUCAUUCGCUGACAUUCGGUGAAAAGGGAGCCCCUCAGCUGUUUACACCGGGCCAGACCAUAACAGACAACCAACGUGUUAUGAGUGGCCAUGGUACCUACUUGGAUGAAGACAACAAGGAUGUCCUGAAGGCUUCUGUCGCUGGCACUGUGGAACGAGUAAACCAGCUCAUCUGUGUGCGACCCAUCAAGUGCCGUUAUAUGGGUGAAAUAGGGGAUGUUGUCGUUGGAAGAAUAACGGAGGUUCAGCAGAAGCGUUGGAAAGUAGAAACAAAUUCUCGACUUGAUUCAGUCUUACUGAUUUCAUCUGUUAACUUGCCUGGUGGUGAAUUGAGAAGGAGAUCAGCAGAAGAUGAACAGAUGAUGCGGAAGUAUCUUCAAGAAGGUGACCUAGUCAGUGCAGAAGUGCAAAGUGUGUUUUCUGAUGGUUCUCUUUCUUUACAUACUCGCAGUUUAAAAUAUGGAAAGCUGUCUCAAGGCGUUCUUGUGAAAGUGCCACCUUCUCUUAUACUGAGGAGGAAAAAUCACUUUCACAAUUUGUUGUGUGGUGCAAGUGUAAUUCUUGGAAACAAUGGACUAAUUUGGAUCUAUCCUACUAGUCCGGAAGAUGAAAGUGGAGUUGGUGGUUUUACACAAAAUUUAGAGGAGGUUAUUGACACAGAAGACCGUGAAAGAAUAGCCCGUUUAAGAAACUGUAUACUAGCCCUUGCUGCAAGUAAAUUGAUGUUGUUUGAUUCCUCCAUUCAAUAUGCCUUUGAGGAAUCCCUCAGCUACUCCAUCAAGGAGUUAUUAACUCCUGAAACCAUGGUAGAUGUUGCUUUGCACACAAGACACAGGCUUCAGUCCUAUAAAGAUGAUUAAAGUCUGCGGUGUUGUUUUUUCAUACUGUUCAAAUCUCAAAGAAUUGGAAGGGGAAUAAAUUUAAAAUGUUUGUCAAGUGUUCAAA